AUGGCGUCUCCGGAUCUGGUUGCGAAGGCUAAUGAAGCGUUCAUAGACGACCACUUCGAACUAGCCGUUGACCUAUACUCUCAAGCCAUUGCCUUAAGCCCUAGCAACCCCGAACUAUUCGCCGACCGUGCUCAGGCAAAUAUUAAGCUCCAAAACUUCACUGAGGCUGUUGCUGAUGCGAAUAAAGCUAUCGGGUUGAAUUCUUCAAUUACAAAAGCUUAUCUGCGUAAAGGCAUGGCAUGCAUCAAGCUUGAGGAGUACCAGACUGCUAAGGCAGCUUUGGAAAUUGGUGCCUCUUUAGCACCUGGAGAUUCCAGGUUCACUAACUUGAUCAAAGAGUGUGAUGAGCGCAUAGCAGCCGAGCUAGCUGAAGAAUUGCCUGAGAAAUUGGUUGACAGUAGUCCAUCAGUUGUGGUGGCUCCAAAUAAUUUGGCUCCAUCAGUUAGCUUGACCAGCCAAGGAUCAACAGCGUCACUUUCUAAGCCAAAAUACAGGCAUGAAUUCUAUCAGAAACCAGAGGAAGUGGUGGUAACAAUAUUUGCAAAGGGCAUACCAGCAAAUAGUGUUGUGGUUGACUUUGGUGAACAAAUUCUUCAUGUUACACUCGAGGUGCCUGGUGAGGAAGCAUAUCAUCUUCAAACUAGAUUAUUUGGAAAGAUAGUUCCUUCAAAAUGCAAGUAUGAAGUCAUGUCCACGAAAAUCGAGAUUCGUCUUGCCAAGGCAGACACUGUGCACUGGACAUCACUUGAAUACCAGAGAGAUGCUGUUGUUCCGCAGAAAGCAAAUGUAUCAUCAGGCAAUCAGAAACCUGCUUAUCCAUCUUCGAAACCCAAAAGAGUAGAUUGGGAUAAAUUGGAAGCUCAAGUGAAAAAGGAGGAAAAGGAAGAGAAACUCGAUGGUGAUGCGGCUCUUAACAAGUUCUUUAGAGAGAUAUACAAAGAUGCCGAUGAGGAUACUAGGCGAGCAAUGAGCAAAUCUUUUAUUGAAUCGAAUGGAACUGUGCUAUCUACAAAUUGGAAUGAAGUUGGUUCGAAGAAGGUCGAAGGAAGCCCGCCUGAUGGCAUGGAGGUGAAGAAAUGGGAGUACUGA